AUGCCAAUGGAUCGGCCUAUACCAGCAUUUUACUGUUGUUAUCUUCUGAGAUCCACAAAGAGUCCCAACAGUGUUUAUGUAGGCUCAACUCCAAAUCCUAAACGUCGAUUAGACCAACACAAUGGUAUUAAAAAAGGUGGGGCUGUGAGAACCAGCCGAAACUCACUUCGUCCAUGGGAAAUGACCUGCAUUGUCACCGGCUUUCCAACACGUAUAUUCGGCGAAGAAAUACUACUAACUCCACGAUCAGUCUACAGUGUGACCAAUUCUAAUGUUUUUAGAUGGGCGUGGCAAAAUCCACACGUAACUCUCCACAUCCCCCCAAAAUUACGAAUACAGCACGCCACAUCUAAGAAAUCUUCUGGUCAACCAAAGAGACCACGAUUAACAGUUUCAUCGCUUCUGUCAAAUUUACAUCUUCUUCUCCGCGUAUCAUCAUUUACAAGAUGGCCCCUCGCAAUUCAAUGUUUCUCGGAUGAUGUCCACCAAAAAUGGCUGAAAUGUUGUCAAAGCUCUCCAUCUAGUAUACCCGAAUGGAUUAAAUUUACCCAGACUUCUUUGAUACAAGGCUCGUCCCCAGGCGAUAUCAGUACGGGCCAAAAUCUAGCAGCCAUAAUUAUCGACUACCGGGAACAAAAGUUGCAUGUAGACAAAGGAAGAAAAGCUACUGUUUCUAAACGAGAAAGGUCUUGUGCUAUUUGUAAGGUAAAGCUCGAGCAUGGUCAAGGGAUGUAUAUGGUCUGCCCAGGUCUAGAUUGUGUGGCAGUGAGCCACAUGAUAUGUCUGAGUGGUUAUCUUCUUCAAAGCGAAGACGUGAUACUUCCUACUACAGGAUCAUGCCCCGUAUGCAAGACUGAGAUAAGAUGGAUUGACAUAGCCAAGGAACUCAGCCUCAGAACUAGAGGGCAUAAAGAGGUUGAAAAGCUUUUCAAGUCCAAGACCAUCCGCCGAAGCAAACAUGAUACUACACCAUCAAAGAAAGCUGAAAAUCCUCAGAAUCCAAUUCGCACCUUGAAGGGCAAUGAUGAUGAAAAACUAUGCGAUUCUGACCGAUCUAAUAUAACGUCAAGUCCUCGUUUUUUGAAUUCACAGCUCUGGAUAGGUUCUGAUACAGCAUCUCUGACGAGCAAUGAUUCAGAAGACGAAAGACUAUCCGUCUGA